UUGAUGGCGAAGUCUGCCAAAUUGGGCACCGGCCCAACAACCGAGUCAGCUUCGACGCAUUUGUUCAACGGUGGGUUUAAAGUCCUGAAUAACUGGCUUCAGAUGCGCCUCAGGGCGCGCAGACGUCUGCGUUUGCAGCUGCGGCGAACCUCCUGAAUAUGUACACCUGAUCAUUGCGUCAAUGGUCAUAGGACAAACUCCGGUGAGGCGCAAACUGAUGUCCCGUGAGCAAGCCGCUCCGCCGCCGCGAUCGUUUGCAACUGUCACCAACGACGUUUGCGCCGACCAUGGCCAGGCAGGGGCUCGACUCAACCUCGACCGGUGUUUCUCUUCGGCAGCGACAUACUGCAUUCCGUUUUAUCCGGUUCCACCCGCGAAGUUUGCAACGAGGGCUAAGUGUUGUAACUUGAGGACGAUUCAGUUAUAAUUUGGGGGUCAGACCGGAUCGUAACACCCACCCUCCUCUUUCUCCCACUUGUUCUCUACGGACCACCACCUUAAGUCCUGAUAGCCAAUACCUUCUUCCAAAAUGCUCUCUGUUAUGCCCCAACCCGCCCACCUUCCCCUUCACGUCAAGGAGCAUCAGCCUCAAGGCGUCGAGUUGAACGAGCUUGGAUCAUUGCAGGACGCUUUGGAGCCAUUUGCGAAACUUAUCAGCCAUUCGAGUCGUUCCGUUCGCCUUUACUGUAUGAUUCCUACCGACUGUUCUUCAUCUGAUCUUUACGUCGAUCUACACGAUCUGAAUGCCCUCCGAACACGUUCUCUCAUGUUCAUCCAUAACCUGGUGGAAGCGUUGCGAACGGCUGGCGUCGCAGCCUCCUACCGAUUACAGCCAUCCAACUGUCCCCUCUGUGUCAUUUGCGCAUUACCCUCUGAAGUGGAUCCUACUGAGGUCAAGACAGCCGCGAUUGCCGCUGUGGAAAAGGCCCUCCCUCGAUUGAAAGAGAGGGCUCUCUUGGUCGAUCUUAAAGACGGCCAUGCACUCGUCAUCACAUAGUAUAUCUUCAUUUAUCGGCAUGUCUUCGUUUUCCAUCGGGUUUGUGGUUGGAUCAUGGACUCUACACAUCUUGUCGCACAGCAUUUACACAGUGUCCGCCGCAUCAAUUGCUGCUUUAACAGUCUAAUUCGUAAAGAGCAGCCUAUGUAUAACAGUAAUAUAUGUAAACAACUGGAUCUAACUGGAUUUUGGUUAUCGCGAAGGGUUCGGGCUUUGUCCGAGUCU